UUCGUCUCCAAUACCACCAGGUAAUAAUCACUGUUGGAGUUACACUCAACAUGGACAUGGACGAUCUUGAUUUUGAGUCUACUCGACCUGUUCGUGGUGCUGGCAAAUUUCGGCCUAAGGUGAAGCCCAAGUCUAUGAAAAUAGCAUCUGCUGCAGCCAUUACUGAAUUCCCUAAUGUUGUAACAGAAAAUUCAAUAUCAGUAUCUAGCACUGUCUCAGAUAGUGAUCCAUCUGCUACAUCUGUUGAUCCGGUUGGUUCAUACUCAACAACGUCAGAGAUCUUAGGAAGUCUAGAGCCAUCAGGAAACAAUGAGCAUUUAUGCUCAAGUGUCCCGUCCUUUCAUGGUGACAGAAUCACCAAGCCUUCCGAAUCAGCUGCAGAAGAUACUUUGCAACCAUUAGCUAAUGGAAGUGACAGUUCACAGUCUGUCUUCAGAAAAUCAACCAGCAAGAAUGCAGACAAAUUAUCAGGAUUUGAAUGUCUUGACGAUUGUCUUAUUGAAAGUACAAAUGGUGCAGCUCCUGCUUCCCGAAAAUCUCCUGACAAGGUCAAAGGGGAAAAAUGUGGUGCUCCAACACAUUGUUCUGUGGAGUCUUCAGAAUUCUUAGCAUCUGAUGUUGCAGAAACUAUUUCUGAUUAUUGUAAAAACCCAACAUCCAGUAGCCUGCAUAGAAGCUGCUAUAUCCAUCGAACAUUGUGAAAUCCGGUUAGAAACAAAGGAGAUUGAAGCUUUAAAUGUUGUGUCUGAGGCUCCCAUUUCAACUGG